UUCAGCCAUUGCGGUUACCUGCCGAUGGUGAUUACAACCUCGUCGAGAAGAUUACACUUUACGAAACAUUCGAAAGUUUCGCAACAAAUUACGAUGUUCUCAUAAUUAUUAUUUUAAUGCAGCACAUUAUGUAUUUAUAAUACAAUCGACGUAUAUUUCAAUUAAUGUUGAGAACCAGUUCCUGUUUAUUUGGCAGAGAUGAAGAUCGAGAUUUCAUUAAUUGUGAUAGCAGUAACUGUUGUUUGUGCAAUUGGGGAAAACAAUGAAGUAAUACUCGCAUCUAGUAACAGACAAAACGAAGAUGGAUAUCAUUUUGGGUAUAAAACAAGCGGAGGCCAAGAAAGGGAAGAGAACGGAGUACUAGAUGAAGUAGGAGAUAAUCCCAUAUUUCGUGUAACUGGAUUCUAUUCAUACCUUGGGAGUGAUGACAAACGGUAUAGAGUCGAAUAUCAUGCAGACGAAACAGGAUACAAUGCGAGAGAAGAGGUCAUCCCCAGGCCAGUUCCUGGCUUGAAUGUAUCAUCAAAAGAGAGUACUUUGGAGGAAAUGACAUUGAAUCAAACCGUGGAAUCAUCACAAUCAACCACUGAAUCAGGAGGAAGUGAAGCUACUGGAUUUGAAUUGACCACACCAGUGGUGAUAUCUGCAGCAUUUCCACCAGCGGGUAUCAGUAGUGCUGCAAUAGCUUCUUUGGCAGGAGGAGGAAUCGGAUAAUUGAAUGGACCCAAGAUUAUAUUAAUAUAUUUUCUAAUGUAAUUCAGGGUAAUGCAUGAAAUUUGCCAAAAAGUGUAUUUUACGAAUGGCAAAUAAACAUUCAAAUCGCGCUCAUCAGGUGAUAUACUUCAUGUUUUCUGAAAGUGUGACGAAUAGCGAAUCUUCAUACUUCUCUGUCUAAGCAUUGAUCUAAACUGAUUUUAUUCUUCAUCUCAAAAUAUGGAUAUGACAAUAAGUAGAUAUCGAAUUAUUUUUAUCAC